UGAUGCUGGGCACAGCGGCACGAUGAAGUGGGGCAGCCUCUUGGUGCUGGCGGGGCUCCUCGCCCUCUGGGCUGGUCUGCAGCCGGCGUCUGGGCAGGUCUCUCCAGGUGUCUGCAGGCUUCCCCCGGAGAGCGGCAAGUGUGAGGCCUACAUGCCCAUGUACUACUACGACACCGCCACACGCAGAUGCAAGGAGUUCAUCUAUGGGGGCUGUGGGGGCAAUGGGAACCGGUUCCUCACCGAAGCAGCCUGUCUCCAGGCCUGUGGGCGCAAGCCGGGAGGCGACUUGAGUUGGCUGGGCGGGGACGUCCUCCUCUACCCAGUGGACCUCUGCCGGCUGCCCCCAGAAACCGGCCCCUGCAAGAUGAACAUCCUGCGCUAUUACUACAACUGGGUCACCAGGACCUGCCAACAGUUCACUUACGGCGGCUGCCAGGGCAAUGCUAACAACUUUAAGACCCGCCUGGAGUGCGAGAACAGGUGCAAGGUGGGCGGGAAGGGGCUGAGCCUGGCAGGGCCGGACGCUGCGAGAGGCAUGGCGGCACCGGGGCGAUGGCCGGACGUGCAGGGAAGGGUGAAGCUGGGGCAGCCCCCAGAGUGACCCCACGGACAGCGGGGCCUGCGGGUCCUGGACCUCCCACGGACCGUCCUGGCUCCAGACACCGAUGGGGCACGUGACCCCAGCACCAGCAAUCUGCUUCCCGCACCGCCCUCCCCACACGAUCGCAGCUCCUUCCUGCAGCAAUAAAGACCCCGCUUUGCGGCUUCCUGCAACCUC